AUGCCGUGUUCACCCGGAAGGGCAGACCAAUGCGGGGCACCUGACCCCGGCGGGGCACAAUUGGGAGGGGUGGGAAAAAGAAGAGGGAGGGAUAGAGGGAGAGGGGGAGGGAGAGAAGGCAAAAGAGAGCAAUAGAGAAGCUCAAGGUUCAGUAAAUCCAAAGAGACGCGCUGCCUCCGGUCCAAUCACCGCCCGGAAUGUGCCCACGUUCCCUCUAUCGCCGAACGACAACGCUUCAAUUCGCGGGCUUCAUGGCCAACGUGUUCUACAAAAAGACGGACAGCCGGGCUCGAAGUAAGGUAUCCCAAUGUACAACUCCGGACUUAUCUACUUAGUACUUACCGCAGGCGUCUUUCUUCAUCCCAUUCCAGUCUUGGCGGUGCCACCCCUGCGUUGUCCCACAUGCAGCCAAUCACUUCUGCUGCCGAGACAUGCAGGAUAUACUUUGCUUAGUCAUUAUAUCUCCUGUUCAUGGAAACAGAAGGCAGGAAGGAAUCAAUGGCUAAUUGCAUUAUCGUACUUCCUUCUCAGGCUCUUACGUUGACCCAUCAAUCCCUCCUCCCCAUCAUGUCUGCUGGUCAUGAUCUACAGGGGACUCGGUUGAUCUGAACUGUACUACGUCCUCAGCCCUACGUAAAGCACUAGCAGGUUCGCAAUACCAAUUGUAUCACUGAAAAGUUAGCAUGUCCGUGCGGGCUCUUUCAUCCCCUGUGCCGGGGCAGACGUGACAUUCUGAGUGUCAAUGGACCAGGUUUCAC